UAGCAAGCAUUUCCGGACAUGCGUACAACCUUCUAUUAACACGGGGCAUCGGUAAGCAUGGCGCACGUUCAGGAGGAGAAGGAAAAUAAUGAAUUUAAGAACUCGGACCAGAGUGAGGACGACACAAAUAAUGAAGACCUGGUCGAAAGCUUGGAUGGAGAAGAUGACUGCAAUGAGAAAGAGGAGCCAGCCAAAACAUUUAAAGAUUUGGGUGUAACCGAGGUACUUUGUGAAGCCUGUGACCUGCUGGGAUGGACGACUCCCACUAAGAUCCAGGUAGAAGCCAUACCUGUGGCUCUGGAAGGACGGGAUGUAAUUGGCCUGGCAGAAACAGGCUCUGGGAAGACAGGGGCGUUUGCUCUGCCCAUUCUUCAGUCACUUCUCUCCUCUCCACAAAGGCUCCACACAUUGGUGCUCACACCCACAAGAGAGCUUGCCUUCCAGAUUUCUGAGCAGUUUGAAGCCUUGGGCUCCAGCAUUGGUGUAAAGACAGCUGUGAUUGUUGGUGGUGUUGAUCAGAUGUCUCAAGCCUUGGUAUUGGCCAAGAAACCCCACAUUGUAAUUGCUACCCCAGGGAGAUUGGUUGACCAUCUGGAAAACACCAAAGGUUUCAACAUGAGAGCUCUCAAGUUUCUAAUCAUGGAUGAAGCAGACAGAAUUCUAAACAUGGAUUUCGAGGCAGAGGUGGAUAAGAUCCUGAAAGUGAUUCCCCGUGAGAGGCGAACUUUUCUUUUCUCUGCUACUAUGACCAAAAAGGUCCAGAAACUACAACGCGCAGCUCUGAAGGACGCAGUUAAAUGUUCAGUAUCCACUAAAUAUGCAACGGUGGAAAAGCUCCAGCAAUAUUACGUAUUCAUACCAUCAAAAUUUAAGGAUUGCUAUCUGGUGUCCAUACUGAAUGAACUGGCAGGAAACUCCUUCAUGAUUUUUUGUAGCACGUGCAACAAUGCCCAGAGGGUGGCGCUGUUGCUUCGGAACCUGGGCAUUACUGCUAUACCACUGCAUGGGCAGAUGAGCCAGAGUAAACGUUUGGGGGCCCUUAACAAAUUCAAGUCCAAAUCACGCUCUGUACUGCUGGCUACAGAUGUGGCAUCAAGAGGGCUGGACAUUCCACAUGUGGACUGUGUCAUCAACUUUGACAUCCCCACUCACUCUAAGGACUAUAUUCACAGAGUUGGAAGAACAGCCAGAGCAGGCCGCUCAGGGAAAUCCAUCACUUUUGUCACACAGUAUGACGUGGAGCUUUUCCAGCGAAUUGAAACGCUGAUUGGAAAGAAGCUUCCAGCCUUCCCCACGCAAGAAGAAGAAGUGAUGAUGCUAGUGGAGAGAGUUAGUGAAGCCCAGAGAUUUGCCAGGAUUGAAAUGAAGGAGGAAGUAGCAAAGAGGAAAAGGCCGAAAGGUGGAGAUGAUGAUGUGGACGAUACAGAGCAGUCCAGUGGUGUACGGAAAAAAGUGAAAGGAGGAAACUUUAGUGGUGGUGGAGGAGGAGGAAGAGGACGUGGUGGUGGAGGAGGAAGAGGACGCGGUGGUGGAGGAGGAAGAGGUCACAGUGGGGGAGGAAGAGGACGUGGUGGGGGUCCUAAGAGGGGACGAUAGACAUCAAGACCGUUAAUUUAGAAUUGAAAGAGUAAUGUAUAUAUUAUAAAUAUUCUUUUUUUCCCUUGAAUAUUGUAUGUCACUUCUUCAUCCCUCUUUUGACAUCUCUUUUCCCCGUCCAAUGAUACUCCACACAUUAUGGAGACAGACAGCUGUUAAGGCAGCCUAUUGUACCCUUAAAUUCUUUUCAAAACCUCACACACUUUGAAAUAAACAGAGAUGUCGAUUGGAACAUA